UACUCCACCUAUCGGCGCAGUUUACUCUGAUUCCACCACCGGAGACCCGGUGAGGUUGAUGGAUUUACGCAUAGACUCAAACACACACCGGAGGCUUCAAUUCUGCUUUCAGACCGGUUGUUGAGUUACAUGACGGGGACUUCAUGUGCUCACCAUGACGAGGGUCUGUCAGACUUCCGAUCUGCUGAGAAAAUGACCUUUACGAGGAUCAAAACAGACGGAAAAGUUGGACGGAGGAAGUUGAAGUAAAGUGAAUAUUAGCCAGCAGCGCUAGCACCGCAAUUUAAAAGACACCUAUUUGACAUUUUGAUUAUAAAGUGUGCAAAUGCUAACAUGUAAAUAGUUUAUAGUCAACUUGCUGUGUUCAGUUUUUAAUGUGUGUGUGAGUCGACACGCUGAUUGUUUAUAGUACACACGGAGUUUAUUAGCUUGACUUGCUAGCUGUCAUUUGAACUACCUCUGAAGUCAGGAUAUAUUGUUUGUUAGAUUAUAACGAUAUAUCACUUUACGGUAGUUUAAUCAGCAAACUUGUAAUGUUUUAUCGUUGUAAACAAGCAACUAUUUCCACAGUGGCGAAAUAAGUCAUGACAUUUCAGUGUGAACUUUCUCCUAAAACCCGUUAGCAGAAACAAAUAACGAUAUAAAUGCAACAUUUGUUGUCAGACAGUAAGUAAAGAUAUUAAUAUGUGUGGUAAAGUUCAUGUCAUUUAUUAAAAUGAGAAACAUUUGAUUUUAUACUCUAUUCUAGAGUGUUAUAUUAGAGUAAGUACAAAUAUUUCAUUUUGUAUGAUAAUCAAUACAAUUUUUUAAUCUAUAAAAUUUAUAUACAUACAAAUACGCACAACAACUAUCGCUUUUCCUCCAUUUAAUCUCAUUGCUGUCUCUUAAACUUGAGAUUUCCCGUAGAUUGUGUCAGUUUGCCAUGCUGUCAGUUUUCUGAUAUUGCAUUUAUAUUAGUUUACGCAAACAAAUCUGCGUUCAGGAGAGACCUGCUUUUUAAUAACCACAAGUUUGAACAAUCCCAGCAUCAAUAAGCUACAAACAAAAUGUCUGUGUACUCAAAACUGCCCUCUCAACUGAAGAAACCCCUGGUGAAAAAGGCUGUUGUGCUUCUCAUUGCGCUCUAUGGGGUGAAGAAACUAUCCCCGUACUUCUUCGGCAAGCUCAAAGGAAGGACUAGUAAACAAGUUAAGGGCGCUGACCCGCUUACCUCCAAUGGAGAGCCCCUAGUAGAAGCUGCGAGGAAAAGGAAACGCUCACCAGCGGUGAACCGUGAGUUUUUCGACAGGUUGAUUCGCCUCUUGAAAAUCCUCUUUCCUCGGCUUUUCUGCAAGGAGCUCGGCCUGCUCGGUUUCCACUCUCUGGCUCUCAUUUCACGCACCUUUCUCUCCAUCUAUGUGGCCAAUUUGGACGGGCAAAUAGUGAAAACCAUUGUGAAGAAGGAUCCUAGAGCGUUUGUGGUGGAGUUAACCAAAUGGCUGCUCAUUGCUAUUCCUGCCACGUUUGUGAACAGUGCCAUCAGGUACCUGGAGGGUCAGCUCACCCUUGCUUUCCGCACUCGGCUGGUCACCCAUGCCUACAUGCUGUAUUUCAGCGAUCAGACCUACUAUCGUGUCAGCAACAUGGACGGCAGGUUGGCAAACCCUGACCAGUCGUUGACCGAAGAUGUGGUGAUGUUUGCUGCUUCUGUGGCUCAUCUGUAUUCAAACCUGACCAAGCCCAUCUUGGAUGUGGUGGUGACUUGUUACACGCUCAUUAAAACGGCUGAAUCCAAAGGCGCCAACACCACUUGGCCGUCAGUCAUAGCUGGCAUCGUGGUGGCACUCACUGCCAAGGUUCUUAGAGCAUUUUCACCCCGCUUUGGUAAACUGGUGGCAGAGGAAGCCAGGAGGAAAGGAGACCUGAGAUACAUGCAUUCGCGCAUCAUCGCCAAUUCAGAGGAGAUCGCCUUCUAUGGAGGACAUAAGAUCGAGAUGUUGCAGCUGCAGCGGAGCUACAACUCGCUGUCCAGGCAGAUUAACCUGAUCUUGUUUAAGAGGCUGUGGUAUGUCAUGCUGGAGCAGUUCCUGAUGAAAUAUCUCUGGAGCGCAUCGGGCCUGGUUAUGGUUGCUGUGCCUAUCAUCACUGCCACCGGAUACUCUAAAUAUGAUUCAGAGGAUGUGAAACAGGCAGCUCUGGAUAUGAAGGAGGAGGACCUGGUGAGUGAACGUACACAGGCCUUCACCACUGCGCGCAGCCUCCUGAACGCUGCAGCUGAUGCUGUGGAGAGGAUCAUGGUCUCCUACAAAGAGGUCACAGAACUGGCUGGCUAUACGGCGCGUGUGUAUGAGAUGUUCGAGGUGUUUGAGGAUGUCCGUGACGGUGUGUAUCGUCGUUCCGCCACAGAGGUGAAGCCAGAAGAGACUGGAGCGCCUCAGAAUGUUACACAUGGCAUGAGAGUGGAGGGACCGCUGCAAAUCAGAGGUCAGGUGAUUGAUGUGGAGCAGGGCAUCAAAUGUGAAAACCUGCCCAUAAUAACUCCUACAGGAGACGUGGUGGUUUCCAGCCUGAACAUGCAGGUUGAUGAAGGAAUGCAUCUGCUGAUCACGGGCCCUAAUGGUUGUGGAAAAAGCUCUCUGUUCAGGAUCCUGAGUGGACUCUGGCCGGUCUACAGCGGCGUGCUCUACAAACCCUCACCCGAUCACAUGUUUUACAUACCUCAAAGGCCUUAUAUGUCGGUGGGAACGCUGCGAGAUCAAGUGAUUUAUCCUCAUUCUGUUCAGGAGAUGCAGGAGAAGGGCAUUACUGACCGGCAGCUGGAGGAAAUCCUGCAAACCGUGAGCCUCCGUUAUAUCCUGGAGAGAGAGGGAGGCUGGGAUGCAGUGAGCGACUGGAAGGAUGUGUUGUCUGGAGGAGAGAAGCAGCGGAUGGGCAUGGCAAGGAUGUUUUACCAUAAGCCUCAGUACGCCCUCCUGGAUGAGUGCACGAGCGCUGUGAGUAUUGAUGUGGAGGGCAAAAUCUUUGAAGCCGCAAAGGAUGCCGGGAUUUCGCUCCUCUCCAUUACUCACCGUCCUUCUCUCUGGAAGUACCACUCGCACCUGCUGCAGUUCGACGGCGAGGGCGGUUGGCGCUUCGAGAAGCUGGACGCCUCCACACGUAUCUCCCUGCAGGACGAGAAGAUCCGACUGGAGACCCAGCUCUCAGGAAUCCCCAAGAUGCAGCAGCGGCUGACAGAGCUGUGCCGGAUUCUGGGGGAGGACAGCAGCCUGCCGACCCCAGGGGACGAGGAGGAGGACGAGGAGGAGGACGAGAAGCAGACGGAGAGAGAUGUACAGUCUGCUGGGAAAGAGAAAGACCUUAUGGAGUGAUUUGCAGGCAGAUGACAGAUGUGUGUUGCAGGCCAGGUGUGAGAGUUUGUGUGUGUGCAUAUAUCUGCCUACAUACAGUUGAAGUCAAAAUUAUUAGAUUUUUAUGUAUGUUUCCCCAAGUGAUGUUUAGCAGAGCAAGGAAUUUUUCACUGUAUUUUCGAUAAUUUUUUUGUUUUAUUUCGGCUAGAAUAAAAGCAGAUUUUAUUAACAUUUUAAGGUCAAUAUUUUUAGCCCACUUAAGCAAAAUUCUCUUCUUAUUGUUUACAGAACAAACCACUGUAAUACAAUACAUGGUUUCCGCUACAUUCAUUCUUCCAUGACAGGGCGCCACACGAAAAUGUAUUCCCACCAAGGCUACAUUACAUCUUCUCAUUCAAAACAUUCGUUCGUUCCUGUUUUAUAUAGCAAGUUAUAAUCACACCAAAAUGUUUUAAAAUGUAAGUAAAUUAAAAUAGAGCAAAUUUUUUGUAAUCGUAGUAGUACUGUGCGUUAUUCAUGCAACCUUUAAGUAGAGGUGAUAAAUUAAUUGUUUCUUUAGUGCACCGCGAUGCAGAUGCAGACAAUUCGAUAUUGGUUCAAUAACAGAUCCUAACCGAUUAUUACGUACUGACGUUAUAUAUCUUCAAUGUUCGAUGUCGAGGAAUACUAUGGCAAAGGAGGCGAGGGCGAGUAAAUAAAACGCUCCUAAUACUAAAAAGCAGAUAAUUGUGCACAUUUCACUGCUUGCGAGUUUACUGGACAGUCUUUCAUUGACACUAAAGAAAGUAUACAGCAUCAGCCGCAAUUUCACUACUUGGGAGAAAUGCUGUAAAACUCUCCCUCACUUUGGGCAUCUGACCUGCUUGGGUGUUCGUGGUUCGUAACUUUUCCUCUCCUCUUGGCUGUUCAAGCGAUAUUUAUGGAUCCAGACACAAGCGUGCCUAAGGUGCAAUUUUUUCCACUGUGUCUUAUGGAUUACCUGUGAUAACCAUGCAUUAUGCGCAUAUAAACUGUAACCCGGCUGACAAAAUCGUAUUACAAAUAAUAUAUUAAUAUAUUUACAAAUUUGAAUACAAUUUUUUUCUUUUGUUGUGGAGAAAUAAUCUUAAUUAUGUAUGGAAAGCUUCGU